AUGUCACUUGUAGUGAAAUCGCGCUCCAAAAGUUUGAAAGAUACUACAGUGGAAUUAGAUGGUAGUGACAAGCCUAGUUUAGGUAGCAUCCUGAAGAAGGUUUCCGAGAAUAACGGCAAAAUAAAUCCUAACAGGUUACGAUUAACGUACUUGAAGGAGUCCAAACAGAUUCCAAUCAAUAGUGAUACCUUCUUUGAAGACGGUUUAAAUGUGGGCGGCGCACAAUUGUUUGCGAAAGACUUGGGUCCUCAAAUAUCCUGGAGACUCGUUUUUUUGGUGGAAUACCUUGGCCCAAUUUUAAUUCAUAGUUUGUUGUAUUAUUUGUCACAGCAGCCCUAUUAUUUGGAAAAGUUUCACUGUAAAUCUGUCCGGUACAACCCACUUCUAAACAGAUGUGUGUACAGUUUGGUGAUGAUCCAUUACAUCAAAAGAGAAUUUGAGACCUUGUUUAUUCAUCAGUUUUCUCAAUCUACCAUGCCAUUAUUCAAUAUUUUCAAAAAUUCCUUCCAUUACUGGGUAUUGAAUGGUGCGAUCGCAUUAGGAUAUUUCGGUUGGGGAUUUGUCAUUAGCGACUCCAAGCUUUUCAGCUUUUACAGCAGUAUACAUUUGGCAAGCUUAAGGACUUUGAUAGCUUUAUUCCUAUUGAGUGAGUGUUGGAACUUCUAUGUCCAUUUGAAAUUGCGUUUGUGGGGAGAUGCUCAAAAAGCAAAAGGAAUAACAACCCGUGUUCCAAUCGAUAGUGGGCUAUUCAAAAUAUUUGUGGCUCCAAACUACACUUUUGAAGUGUUUGCAUGGAUCAGUUUUGCCAUGAUUUUUAAGCUCAAUGCUUUUUCACUUAUUUUUGUAACUGUUUCAUCCAUUCAAAUGUAUUCAUGGGCUCAAAAAAAGAACAGAAAAUAUGGAACAAAGAGGGCCUUUUUGAUUCCAUUUAUCUUUUAA